AUGGCUGCUGCAUGUCACUGUCUUUCCCUGCUAUUCCUGUCCACCUGUGUGGCUCUGUUGCUGCAGCCACUUCUUGGUGCCUGGGGAGCCCCCCUGGAGCCUGUGUACCCAGGUGACAAUGCUACACCAGAGCAGAUGGCCCAGUAUGCAACUGACCUUCGCAGAUACAUCAACAUGCUGACCAGGCCUAGGUAUGGGAAAAGACAAAAGGAGGACAUGCUGGACGAGGGGGGUUGGGAUGCCUCCCAGACAGCUGCCCCCAGGGGGCUCAGCCCGAUGGAUUUGUAG